UGAAAGGUGAACAAUAUGGCUGCUGCGGUAGUGAGAAGCUUGGGGACGAAUUUGGGAAGAAACGUGAAGGAAAUUCGAUUGCACUUGUGUCAGAAGUCUGCAGCGAGUCAAGGUGUCAGGGAUUUCAUUGAGCAGCACUAUGUGACACUGAAGAAGGCCAAUCCGUCAUUUCCAAUUUUAAUAAGAGAAUGUUCCGGAGUUCAGCCCAAACUCUUGGCAAGAUACAGCUUUGGUAAGGAACAGAGUGUACCGCUGGCCAGUAUGAAUGCAGAUCAAGUAGCCAAGGCUUUAGAGUCCCUUGUGAAAGCAAAACCCUGAAGAGAUUUGUGGAAGGGGACACAAUUGCUGGGCAGACUUUGCAUUGUUGUGUAUAUUUGUAUUUAUGUUAAAAGGAAUGUUGCUUCAAUGGCAAUAAAAUACCCAUUGCUCACUCUAAA